AUGCCUGGCCCUGCUUCCUCUGUCAUUCGACAUACAUCCCGUGCCUGCGCACGUCGAAUUUCGUCGCAGACCGUUCUUCCCUUACGACAUCUCCAAGCUGGGGCUGUCGCCUCUUCUCGGCUCCCACAACGACGUAACUAUGUCUCAGAGUCAAAGCCCACCCAGGCUCAGGUCACCGAUGUCGAAUCGGCCAUCAAAGCAGACCAGAAAAAGUUCAUUAAGGAAACAGGCAAUCUUCCUUCUCAGGUGCAGUCCCCAGGGACUGGAUUGUCUGGCGAUGCGAUGAUGAGUCCUCAAGCCGGGAUCCUAAAGCAAGCUACAAUCAUGGAUCAAGGGACGCGACCUAUCUAUUUAGACGCACAAGCCACUACUCCCGUUGACCCUCGUGUCCUCGACGCAAUGCUUCCUUUUCUCACUGGAUUAUAUGGGAAUCCUCACUCGCGCACACACGCCUAUGGUUGGGAGAGCGACAAAGCCACAGAGCAGGCUCGUGAACAUAUCGCAAAAUUGAUUGGGGCGGAUCCAAAAGAGAUCAUCUUCACGAGCGGCGCCACUGAAAGCAACAACAUGAGUAUCAAGGGUGUGGCCAGGUUUUUCGGAAGAGCUGGUAAAAAGAAGCAUGUCAUCACCACCCAGACGGAACAUAAAUGUGUCCUAGACUCCUGCCGACAUCUCCAAGAUGAAGGCUUCGAGGUCACAUACCUGCCCGUUCAGAACAAUGGACUGGUUGACCUCAAGCAACUCGAGGAUGCCAUCAAGCCUGAGACCGCGCUGGUCAGUAUCAUGACUGUCAAUAAUGAAAUUGGCGUCAUACAGCCCGUCGAGGAGAUCGGUCGUCUUUGCCGCUCCAAGAAAGUCUAUUUCCACACAGACGGCGCCCAAGCAGUGGGGAAAAUCCCUAUCGAUGUCAACAAAUGGAAUGUUGACCUGAUGUCGAUUUCCAGCCAUAAAAUCUAUGGUCCAAAGGGUAUUGGUGCCUGUUACGUGAGGAGACGUCCUCGUGUCAGGUUAGACCCUAUUAUCAGCGGAGGAGGUCAGGAGAGAGGGCUUCGCAGUGGCACUCUCGCACCUCACCUCGUGGUGGGUUUCGGCGAGGCCUGCCGUAUUGCGAAGAAUGAGAUGGAGUAUGAUUCGAAGAGAAUCAAGUCACUCUCGGAUCGAUUGCUCAAUGGCCUCCUGUCGUUGGAGCACACCUCUCAAAACGGCGAUGCUGAAAAGCGAUAUCCUGGCUGCGUGAAUGUUUCGUUCGCCUAUGUGGAAGGUGAAUCGCUUCUCAUGGCUUUAAAAGACAUUGCUCUGUCUUCAGGCAGUGCUUGUACAUCUGCGUCCCUGGAACCGAGCUACGUUUUACGAGCUUUAGGAAACAGUGACGAGAGUGCCCAUAGCAGCAUACGGUUUGGUAUUGGACGAUUCACGACCACCAGCGAGAUUGACUAUGUUCUGAAGGCUGUUCAGGAACGUGUUACAUUCUUGAGAGAGCUCAGUCCUCUUUGGGAGCUUGUACAGGAAGGUGUUGAUUUGAACACCAUUGAGUGGAGCCAGCAUUAA